ACGGCUCAAUAGCUCAGCUCCUGGAUGGGAUCAUAACCCUGAGUGCUGGCCAAGAGAAAAGCUGCGUCUUCUCACAUCCAGAGUUGUUGCUUGCAGGGUGGAGUUCCCCCCCAGGAUAACAAACUCACUCCAAACCCCAGCAUGGCUGACCAUAGGGUGGCCCCGGUUGUGGGUUUUCUCCUUUUUUUGGUUGCACCGGUCUGGAGCGGAUGCCCAAGCGCAUGCCGCUGCUCCUUCGCUAUGCUACAAUGCCUGGAGUCAGAUGGCAUCACCAGCAUCCCGGCGCUGGCAGCGCAGGAGAGUGAAAACGUCACUGAAAUCUACAUAGAGAGUCAACCCAACCUGGAGAACAUCACAGAUGUAGACCUCGCCAACUACAGAGAACUGAAGAAUCUGACGAUCACAGAUUGUGGGUUGGUGUACAUCUCUGAAAAUGCCUUUCAGCAUAACUUCAAGCUGCAGUAUGUAAACCUGGCCUCUAAUGCACUGACGCACAUCAGUUGGAGGGUGUUCCAAUCUGUGACUCUAUUGAGUCUGAUUUUGAGGGACAAUCUGCUCACCUGCUCGUGUGACAUUUACUGGCUUCAGCAGUGGCACAGAAAAAGACUAAACGAAAUUGAUUCUCAGCAAAAUUGCAUUUACAAUGGCAGCCAGAUUCCGCUGGAUUCAUUCGAAAUGGAUAACUGCAGUGUUCCUGAGGUCAUGAUUGACCCACCGACAGUGACCACUCAAGAAGGUGGAAAUUUGACAUUUACCUGCAGAGUGACUGGAGUUCCCACACCGACGAUCCACUGGAGAACUGAGCAGCUUCGGUCCAGCUGGACCCUGGAGCAAGGAAUCUGGGGAUCAACCCUGGAGGUGGUUCUGCACAUGAGAAAUGUGUCUUCUGCUGACAACCUGCACAACCUCACCUGUGAAGCGGAGAAUCGCGCUGGAAUGGGAGAUGCUGUGGUGCAGCUGGACAUUGAAUUUCCAGUGCGGAUCAUAUAUCUCAAGAACCCAGAAUCUCAACAUCACUGGUGUUUCCCGUUCGCCGUAGACAGCAAUCCUCCCGCCAGCAUCAAAUGGCUGUACAACAACAUGCCUCUCACUGAGACCCGCUAUGCCUACACUGAACUCAUCAGAGACGUGUACGACGGCUCACAGCAACACGGCUGUCUGUUCCUUAACAAACCCACUCAUCUCAACAACGGCAACUACACAAUCAUCGUGAAGAACAAACUGGGCAGAGACCAGAGAACAGUCCGAGCCAAGUUCAUGGACAAUCCUUUUGAUCCCUCUGACCCGGAGGGCAUCAUCCCUGUGCUCAAUGACGACCCAACAGCUCCCACUAACCAAUCAACGGAGACGGAGAAAAUAGAGAGCAGAGUGUUUGGGGUGUCAGUAGCUGUGGGCCUCGCUGUGUUUGCGUGCACAUUUCUGCUCAUCAUGGUUGUUGUCAUUAAUAAAUGUGGACAGCACUCCAAGUUUGGCAUCCACCGUUCAUCAGUUCUGGGCACCGAGGAUGAUCUGGCAGUGUCUCUCCGCUUCAUGAACUUCGGUGCUAGUCCUCCAUCUUCAGAUGACGGCACACUGGAUUCUGGCUUGUCCAGUUUUGUGGAGAACCCGCAAUAUUUCUGUGGCAUUAUCAAAGAUAAAGACAUGUGUGUUCAGCACAUUAAAAGAAAAGACAUUGUUUUGAAGUGGGAACUGGGUGAAGGAGCUUUUGGCAAGGUUUAUCUGGCUGAAUGUGCCAAUCUCUGUCCUGAUACUGACAAGAUGCUGGUUGCUAUCAAGACUUUGAAAAUAGCCAAUGAGUCCACCCGGCAGGACUUCCAGCGCGAGGCUGAGCUGCUCACGGUGCUUCAGCACGAACACAUUGUGCGCUUCUACGGUGUGUGCGCAGACGGAGAACCCCUGGCCAUGGUGUUUGAGUACAUGCGACACGGAGACCUCAACCGCUUUCUAAGGGCUCACGGUCCCGAUGCUCGUAUAUUAGAUGAGAUGAAGGUUCCUCCGAUGGGUCAGUUGACUCUUCCUCAGAUGCUCCACAUUGCCGCUCAGAUCGCCUCAGGAAUGGUGUACCUGGCGUCCCUUCAUUUUGUCCACAGAGACCUGGCCACAAGGAACUGUCUAGUGGGAGAAGGGCUGGUAGUGAAGAUCGGGGACUUUGGGAUGUCAAGAGACAUUUACAGUACUGACUACUACAGGGUCGGAGGCAGGACGAUGCUGCCCAUUCGCUGGAUGCCACCGGAAAGCAUUAUGUACAGGAAGUUCACCACAGAGAGUGACAUCUGGAGCUUCGGAGUCGUUUUGUGGGAAAUCUUCACCUAUGGCAAACAACCCUGGUAUCAGCUAUCCAACAGUGAGGCCAUUGAGUGCAUCACGCAGGGCCGAGAGCUGGAGCGGCCUCGCACCUGCCCAAAAGAAGUGCACCUCCUGAUGCAGGGCUGCUGGCAGAGAGAACCACAGCAAAGGUUGGUCAUCAAGGACAUCUACAGUCGCCUCGUGGCCCUCGUCAAAAACCCACCCGUCUACCUGGACAUCCUGGAGUAGCAGUUGAUCAGCCCAUAAAAAAUGACACACUUCUGAAAGCAGGCUGAGAAGGAAACAAACAAACAAAAAAAAUCAAUGGUGGGUUUUGGCACGGACAGAACGGACAAACUGUCUCAAAUGUGUGCAGUAUGAACAUUUCCGGUGUUUGUUGACUUGUGUGUGUUUAAUCCACUGAAUGCCUGUCCACGUGUUUCAAGAUGCAGACUGAACAGUGGACACUUUGAAUAUGCAUUAGUGGAAAUGGCUGAUGGAUCUCCACACUAGAUUUUCUAUUCGAGGAUACUGACGUCACAGUCUUGUAAUUAAAGGUGAAGUGUGCCAUUUUGUUUUCUGCAUGUAUUGUAAUAUGCAGACACUUAGUAGGCUGAUGUUUCGAUAAAUGUAUCUGGCUCUAUUUGUUUGAGCAUCCCGCCCAGAUUGACAUUGCAACAGCACUUCAAAUAAUGAUGUGAGAUUAGAGGCGGGGCUUAGUGUUUGUUUGACCAGGUAGAGACAGGUAGAGUGAAAACAACAACUUAUAAUCCUUUCAUAUGUGUUCAUAAACCAUGGUGAUUUUCAUUUAAAAAAGAUGAAGUCUUA